AUGGGCCACCUACAGCGGUCGGUUGCGGAGCUAAAGCAGGCGUGGCUGGGUGACCCCGGGUGUGCUCGGCUGAAAACCUUGCUGGAUGAAAGAGAGGCGCAGUUGAAGAGCUACCAGCUGGUUCGGCAGGAGCGUCUUCAUGUAAUGGCCGGGGUGAAGGAAGAGGUCAUGGGUGAAGUGGCCUCCCCGCACCUGUCAGCAAAAAUCAAAUCCAGAAAGGGGCGGACGCAGAUUACGGAGUUAAACGCAGAUGGAAAGCUGGUGAACGACAACGAAGCUAUCCUGAGAGCAGCGUCACAGUAUUAUAAGGAGCUGUUCGGAGGUGACAGACAGCAGGCCGUGUCUGCUUGGUCUCCUGCUCCCGGGAGGUCUCUGUCGCAGAAGUCGGCGGAAGCGGUGUGCGCGGCCUGGUCGGAGGAAGAGGUGAAAGCUGCUUUCCGUUCGAUGGCGAAGGACAAGGCUCCCCGGAAAGAUGGGUUGCCGAAGGAGCUGUUCGAGUUCCACUGGGAUAUCUUGGGCAAACAUUUCAUGAAGCUGGUCGACAGUUUCGCGGCUACGGCGACGCUGCCGACAAGUACAAAGGACGCUGUUACCAUCCUGCUUCACAAAAAAGGGGGGAGGGAUCAGCUUGAGAACUACAGACCGAUCACUCUUCUGAGCUUCACCUACAAAGUGAUCGCGAGGGUGGUGGCAGACAGGAUGAAAAGAGUGCUGCAUGAAGUCAUCUCUCCAGAGCAGUACGGUUUCUUGCCUGGUAGAAGGCUGUCGGAUGCGGUUGGCUUGGUUGCGGAUGUUAUCAAGGCCACGAAGAACAAGGACCGUGACUGGUAUCUUCUGCUGGUCGACUUUAGGAAAGCUUUCGACUCGGUCUCGAGGAACUUCCUGUUCACGGUGCUCGAGCGGAUGGGUUUUCCGAGCCGUCUCGUGGACUGGGUUAGGGGCCUGCACAAGGAUACACGGACCAGUCUGUUAAUCAACGGCUGGAUGGGGGAAGCGGUUGAUGUGGUGUCUGAGGUGUGGCAGGGAUGUCCGCUCGCACCUUACCUCUUCCUGUGCGUGGUGGAACCGCUGGCCCAGCAGGCGGCUGCUAAAAAUCUUGGUCUUGGAAAGGGGGAGCAGCGGCUGGCGUAUCUGGGGUAUGCUGAUGACACGACUUUAGUCUUGCAAGGAGAAGAACAGAUUGCGGAGGCAGAGCGGCUGUUAGCUGACUUCGAGGUAGAGUUGGGGCUAGCAACGAACAUAGAGAAGUCAUCCAUCUUACCCCUGGGGUGUAACCUGAACAAACAGGCCUGCAAGACGGACGGUUUCAAGUGGGUAAAGGCGGACGAAGCAGAGAGACUCCUGGGCGUGUGGGUGACGCCGGCCGGCAGCUGUGCCCCCACCUGGGAAAAAGCUGUCGCGCGGAUCAAGGAUAAGCUGAAACAAUGGGAGACGCAGCAUCUCACCACAGGUGCCAGGGUAGCGGUAAUCAACUGCUAUAUCUCACCCAUAAUUUUCUUCCAGGCGCAGGUGUACCCGCCGCCGAUGGAUAUUUGGGGGAGGAUUUUGAAGCUGUCGCACAACUUUGUAUCAGGCAACCACGCGGUCACUGAUAAGAAAUUCAUACUGUGGAGUCGGGACCUACUGUAUACGGCCAGGGCUGAUGGCGGUGUGGGGGUGAGGGACCCGGAAAUAGAGCUCACCUGUCUCGCAGCCAGGCGCAUCGGACUGUUGCUCACCGAGACGAGUGAACUGAAGCGGGACAUUAUGCUCGCAGCGGUGGAUUUGCCGCUGGGGACGGACACCUUUGUCGCUCACGUAAAGCUUCUGAAGUGCUGGCGUGGGAAAAGCAAGAGAUGGAAGCUGGCCUGCGGGAGCUUUAUGCAGUGUUAG